AUGGAAAUUAGCUGCAUUAUAAUCUAUGACAACACAGCAUCGGCAAGCGUUUUAUAUGCAUCAGAAGGUGUCACUGAAAUUUUGGGUUAUACACCAGAAGAAUUAAGAGGAUUUCAUGGUUACAAAUUAACUCAUCCUGAUGAACGCGCAGCACUUGGUGUAAUUCAUAAUGCAAAUGUCAUGGAGGAACGAAUGUCUUCUGUGACAGCGUAUCGCGCCCUUCGUAAAGACGGGUCAUACGUCGAGCUUGAUGUUGUUGUUCAUUACUGUUAUGACACAUUAGUCACAACGAACUUUAUAGUCACUUCAAAACAUUCAAUUGAACGCAAAAUGAGAAGCAACACGGCUGAUUAUGCUCAAGUAAUUGACGGCGAUGGCAAAAUUCAUAUUAAGGGUGCCUGGGUUGAUCCACAGGAAGGACUAAAAAAAAUACUCGAACUUCAACAGCCUUGGGGAAAAAACGAAAAAGUGGAUAAGACGCAAGAGCCACGUUUCUGUAUGAUUCUAAACAGAUACACCACACAAUCUACAAUAGUAUUUGCCACAAAAGUUUGUGAAGAGUUGGUAGAUCUGAAUCAACUAGACUGCAUAGGAAGAUCAUUGUACGACUAUGUUGCAUCCGAAGAUGCUGGAAGCGUAAUGAAGCAAAUUGAGCUGUCAAAAUCAAAUAAUAUGAUUUCAAGAAUAAGGUUUGAUUGGAUAACAGGAGGAAACAAGUCGUCUCCAGUAGAAGCAGUUGUCAGUUGCACAUAUGACGGUCUGGUUAUGGUUGUCCGCUUAGCUUCAGGCGUUGUUUCCAGACCUAUGGAGUCAUAA